ACGAACAAAUUAUUAUUUUCUUCUUUCUACAAAAUCAGGCGGACCACUUGGUACUUUCCUUAAUCCUUCCCUUCUUGUUCCUCUGUCUCAGACUCAGAGGACCUUCUCAAAGCUUUUACUUCUUUCAAUCUUCAAUACCUUCCGUUGUAAACUCUUUCUUUCAAUCUUCAGUUCAUAGCUUCUCCUCUCAUUACUCACUCUUUGCAAUGGAUAUUGUGACUGCUGUUGGAGGCUCUAUCCUCUCCGUUUGCUUUCAGGGGCUCCUCCACAGGUUGAACUCCAUUGACUUUAUGAAAUAUAUAGGCCAAGGGCAAGUCUUGACUCAACUCAAGAAGUGGGAGAAGAUGCUCAAGAGAAUUCAUGCGGUGCUUGAAGAUGCAGAAGAGAAGCAGACGGCAAAUCGAUUGGUGGAGAUCUGGUUAAGCGAUCUCAGAGACUUGGCUUACGACCUGGAGGAUAUCAUUGAUGAACUUGCCACGGAGGUUCAGCGACACAACUUGGAAGACAAAUCUGUUCGUACAAAUAAUAAGGUGCAAAAUUGUUUCUCUAUCAUGUGUAAUGGGGUGAAUGUAAAUCUAAAUACUGUUAAGUUUAAUGCUGAGAUGGUUGCUAAGAUAGAGAAAGCUGGUGCUAGAUUAGAUGAGAUCAUAAAGCAAAAAGAUGAACUCCGUUUAGCAGAGUAUACUAGAAGGAGGGUCAGCCAUGUGACGGAAAGACCGCCCUCAACCUCUUUGGUCAAUGAAGCGAAGGUUUAUGGUAGGGAGGAAGAUAAGAAGGCGAUGCUGAAAUUGUUGAAUGCUGAGACAAAUGAUGCGGAGGUCUCUGUGAUUCCUAUAAUUGGGAUGGGUGGCCUCGGCAAGACAACUCUAGCUCAGCUUGUCUACAAUGAUGCCACAUUGGAGUUUGAUUUGAAAGCCUGGGUUUCUGUUGGUGAAGAUUUUGAUGUUUUCAGGGUCACCAAAACAGUUCUUCUUCAAAUGGGAGAUAGUGGUGAUGAUGAAGAUUUGGAUUCACUCCAGGUAAAAUUGAAGCAAAAGUUGCUUAAACAAAAGUUUUUAGUUGUUCUGGAUGACGUCUGGACUGAGAACUAUGAGCAAUGGACUGUGUUUCGGAGUCCUUUUGAAGCAGCGACGCCUCAAAGCAGAAUUAUCGUCACAACUCGCAGUUUGGAGGUUUCAUUGAUGAUGGGUACUACUCCAGCUUAUCCUCUAAAGGAACUAUCGUAUGAUGAGUGCUUCAACGUGUUUGCCCAACAUGCUUUGGGAGCAACUAGUUUUAAGGAGCACUUGGAGCUGAAAGAAAUGGGUGAGGAAAUUGUCAAAAGAUGUGGAGGAUUACCUUUGGCAGCAAAAGCUCUUGGAGGCAUCUUAAGGGGUAAACCAAAUCCUAAUGUGUGGAAGGAAUUGUUGAGCAGUGAGAUAUGGGAAUUACCAAACAACAAAAGCAAUAUUCUUCCAGCCUUAAGGUUGAGCUAUCUUCAUCUUCCACCUCAUUUGAAGCAGUGUUUUGCUUAUUGCGCAAUAUUUCCAAAGAAUUAUGAAGUUGACAAGGAUGAAUUGGCUUUAUUAUGGAUGGCUGAGGGUUUCUUUUAUGACCAGAAGGAAAUGAAGGAUUGUGAAGGUUUGGGUCAUAAAUAUUUUGAUGAUUUAUUAUCAAGAUCAUUUUUUCAACAAUCUAAUGAUAAUAAAUCGAAAUAUAUAAUGCAUGACUUAAUUCAUGAUUUAGCUCGCUUUGUUAGUAGAGGAACAUGUUUGCAUUUGGUUGAUAAGUUGGAGAGUGCAAAAUUAUAUGCAAAGAUUCGACAUUCGUCAUUUAUUCCUCAUGGCCGAAAUACUUUUCAAAGAUUUGAAAGCUUUUAUGGAAUGAAAAGCUUGCGGACAUUUUUAUCAUUGAGUUACACUAAUGAGCAGUACUUCACUCCUAGAUACUAUUUAUCUAGUAAUGUGAUGCAUGAUUUGGUGCCAAAAUUAAAAUGCUUAAGGGUGCUAUCUCUAACUCAUUAUGAGAUUGUGGAGUUGCCGGAUUCAAUUGGUGCCUUAAAGCACUUACGCUACCUUGACUUGUCGCGUACUAAAAUCAAAAGGUUGCCUGAAUCUGUGGAUAAACUUCUCAACUUACAGACAUUGAAGUUGCGUGAUUGUUUUGAGCUUAUUGAGUUACCAAGAGGCAUCUGCAAUUUACUCAACUUGCGGCAUCUUGAUAUUAUCGGCACAUUGGAGUUGCAAGAUAUGCCACCACAUAUCGGUAAUUUGACUAGUCUUUGCACGUUGACUAAGUUUGUGGUGGGGACAAUCAAUGGACGAAUAACAGAGUUGAAGAAACUGAAUCUACAAGGGCAACUUCAUAUUACAAGUUUGAAGAAUGUGUUAGAUAUUGAAGAUGCAGAUUUUGCCAAUUUGAAGGAUAAGCCUGGUAUCACUGAAUUAAACUUGGAUUGGGUUGAUGACGAUGAAUUUUCCUCUGGUUUUGGGAAUUCAAGUGAUGAAGAACAAGUUCUCAACUCAUUACGGCCACAUCAAUGUCUGUCAAGCCUCUCAAUUAGUUCAUUUGGUGGAAAGGAAUUCCCAUCGUGGCUUGGAGAGCCUUCAUUCUCUAGCAUGGUGGAGGUGGAGCUGACCAAUUGUUGUCAAAUCAAAUUAUUGCCACCACUCGGACAAUUGAAGUCAUUAAAAAAGUUGAGCAUAGAAGGAUUGAGUGCAGUGAAAGAAGUAGGUGUUGAGUUUUACAACGAUGAUUCAUGCUUUUCUUGUUUGGAGACACUAGAGAUUAGUCAUAUGUAUCAGUGGGAGCUAUGGUCAUGGUCUAAUGGUCUGUGUGAGGAUUCUGUGGCAAAAUUUCCUAAGUUACGUGAGCUUCGAAUAGUAUAUUGCCCCAAGUUGGUUGGAAAAUUGCCAUCUUUCCUUCCUUCCUUGGAAAAAGUUGAUAUUUGUGAUUGCCAGCUGUUAGUUGAUUUACCAAAAGUACUUCCAUCUCUUCUAACACUCUCUAUCAGUAGAUGUCAAGAGAGUGUGCUCAGGAGUGUGUCUAAUGCCACCUCUCUCACUACCUUAAAAAUUGAAGGUGUGUCAGGGUUGGUGAGAUUGGAUGAAGCCCUUACAAAGACCUUGGGGUCACUCGAAGUUUUGGAGAUUUGGAGUUGUGAUGAGCUGAGAUACUUGUGGGCUGAUGGAACCAAUUUAGACUAUCUUACUAGUCUAAAGCGUUUGGAAAUUGUUGAAUGUAAUCAGCUUGUGUCAUUGGUAAAUGGAGAGGAAGGGCUUUUGCCUUGCAAUCUUGAAGUUUUGGAGGUAUACAAGUGUCCUAAUCUGAAGGAGUUGUCCAGUGGGCUGAGCAACCUUAAGUCUCUCAAUGAUUUGAGAAUCAGCUCAUGUGGAAGUUUAGUCUCCUUCCCAGCAAGGGGUUUGCCACACAACUUGAUACGCCUUAUAAUCGGAAGGUGUGGUUCUUUGGAGUCAUUGCCCGAGGGAAAUGUGGGUCACUGUAAUUACAGUAGCGAGAUGUCUCAUCUAGAGGAAUUGUAUAUCUAUGAAUGUAAAUCUCUCAGGUCCUCUCUGAAUGGCAAGUAUCCUGAUUCCCUUAAGACUCUUAAUAUUCGCAAUUGGACGACACAAUCAUUAAACUCCCUAUAUUAUGGGCUUUCUCAUCUCACAAUAUUACAAAUUUGGAAUUGUCCUCAAUUAGAGUCAUUUCCAGGGAUGGAAUUGCACAUCCCUACUCUUAACUCUUUACAAAUUUGUGAUUGUGAAAGAUUGAGGUCUCUCUCCAGUCAUAUGCAAAACCUACAGUGCCUCCAAUAUUUACAAAUAUCCACCUGUCAUCAAUUAGAAUUGUUCCCAAAAAUGGGAUUGCCCAACCCAAUGCUUGUUUCUUUUCAGAUUUAUGGAUGCAAAAAUUUGAGGUCUCUACCCAAUCACAUGCAGCACCUCACUUCCCUUAGAUCUCUGAAGGUAUCAUAUUGCAGAGGUAUGGAGUCCUUAACAGAAGGGUGUUUACCUCCAAACCUAUCUGAACUUUCGAUCUAUGAAUGCUUGAAUCUGAAGCAACCAAUGCCAGAAUGGGGACUCCACAGACUCGCUUCUUUUAAAAAAUUGACCAUCCAUGACUCGGGUUCAACUAGAGAUAUGGUUUCCUUUCCAGAUGAUGAUGGCUUACUGCUUCCCACAUCUCUAACUGACCUCAGAAUCUCUAAAUUCAAGAAUCUGAAAUCUAUAUCCAGGGGUAUCCAAAAGCUCAUCUCUCUUCAAGAAUUAGAUAUUCAGUUAUGCUGGGAACUCCAUUCCAUCCCAGAUGAGGGCUUCCCUGCUACACUGGAAGAACUAUCUGUUUCCUGCUGUCCUCUACUGCAAGACCGUUGCUUAAAAGAUAGAGGAGGAGAUUACUGGCCUAUUAUUUCUCAUAUCCCCCGUAUCCGGAUAAAUUAAUUAAGGCUCUGCAGUACCCCAACAAUCAGACUUCUGUUGUGAGUUGGGACAAACAAGGAAUUUUGUAUCUGCAGCAUUCCAUCAAUCAGGUAUUUGCAACUUAUUUUGUAAUUUGUUAUUGUAGGAUCAUUUGCAUGCUUCUCGAGAGUGAAUGUCCCGUUUCUUGUAAAAAUUAUGCUGCCUGAAACUUUUGCCUAAAUUUGAUUUAGGCGCUAUUGGUUUUCUAGAUGAAGCAAGUUGUUCUGGUUUGCAUUUUGUAGUCUAUCCUGGUUUUCCAGCCCAUCUUACUCCAAAAUUGCAAGUCCAAAUGUGAGCAUCAAUUCCUAAAAGAGUCCAAUUCUAUUUGCUUAACUUUCAUGUUUGGAAACUCUGUUGAGUGGUAUGCAUUUUUCAACAAUUGAAAGUCAAAGUGAGUAAACAUUCACUUAGUGGCGAUGGUGUGGCCAUUCUUUAAAACCAAAAAGAUAAUUUAAAUUACAUAACUUCAAUUCACCUUUCAAUAAUUUCAAACGCUCAAAUUUAAUUGAAUUUUAUUAUUAUAAGAACAAUAAUUCCAUAAAUGUGAAUUCAUGGACUCUUGACAGAAUUGAAUUGAAUUCUACAACGUGAUUUGUUUUAAACUCUGUUACCAAACAUGAUUUUGCUUUUGAGUACAUUAUAAUGUGAAGGAAGAUGUUACUGCCUCUGAUAAUGUGUAAGCUGCUUGAUUGUGCUGGAGGUAUUUUUCAGUUUGUUCUUUUUAACUCGUCUACUAUUCAAUUAUUUGGUUCUCCAAUGAAAUUUUUUCUGUACAUACAAAUUUUCAGCAUAUGAGCCAGCGCUGCUGUCAAAUGUAUACAGAGAUCAAUAUUCAAAUCACAAAAGCAAAGGAAAAGAUCAAUUUUCUUCCAACUGAAAUUCAUUUGUGAUAAUCCAUAUUAUUUCUAACUGUUUGAUCAGGGAAUUUCAGCUUCUUGGAAACAAAUGGAAGAAUCAUCUUCCCUUCCUCCCUGAAUCAGAAUUUCUCAUAUAGCUGCUUCCUUUCAGAGAAAUGGUAGAAAGUGAGCUCAAGACUUCAUCAGAGCAGGGUGGGAUUCAUUGAAAAUGCUAAUAGGAGAAUGCUUCCAAUUUCAUAAUAUUAUCAAAGGGACAUUUGAAGAGUUAUUUAAAAUGAGAUUCAGGCAUAGCCAUCUUGAAAAUCAAGAAAGUAGCUUUUUCCAAUGAUCCUGGCUGUGUUUUAUGCGCAGAUUGUAAUCUUCUAGUCUCAACAAAAGAUCAAUAAUGCAUCCUCAGCUAUGCACGUAUGAAGAGUAGCCUUGCUGUUCUCUAUUUUGUGUUCUCUUUAUUCUAAAAUUUUCAUUCCUUCAUUAAGCUUCCAAACUAGUUUAAGGGACUGAUUAUUGGAGCUUCAUGAUUGGAACAAAUUUCAGUGGAAGAAAUGGUGACAAUGUUGUAAUUCUAAUUUCACUUCUUGCCUAGAAGCUUGAAGUGUUUUUUGUUAAGAUGGUUAUUAUCUUUCACUGUUGCAA